AUGAGCCAGGCUCACCUUGCCAGCGUUGGAAGUGUAAAAACGCUGGACAAAUAUGAAACGGCCCAAGCGCCGAGUAUAAAUACUUUGGCGAACAUCUUCGACAAACGAGUCACUCUUCCAAUUCACGUCGUCCUACCAGGAAUAUCCAGCAACAACAUGAAACUUUUGAUCACUAUUUUCUCUUUAGUGGUUGCCACCGGUCUAUCCGCACCGCUACAUCUGGUCUACCCGCACACAUUUCCGUUUCCAGCAGCCUAUCCAUCUCCGGUGGGCCUACAUGUCGUUCACGCUGUUCCAGCCGUUGAGACCCGAGUUCACUACGCUGACACUCCCGUCGUGGUCGGCCAUUCUGCCACAAUCCUGAAACCGAAUUUGACUCCAUUCGCCGUCGCUCCUCUGGCCGCUCCAACAGUCGCCGUCGCUCCCACGGACGAUUCUGUCGUCGUCGAGACCAAAAAAGCAGAUGAGACUGUCGCCGAUCCUCAUGUUAUUCCCGAGGCCAAGAAAGAAGAACCCACGGAAAAGGCCGUUCCAUUAACGUACGUUGCCCAUCAUCCGUUUGCUUUCGCUGCUCCAGCUCCACUGACUUUUGCUGCUUCGCCAAUUGGCUAUGGUGUCGCUCCGACCGUCUUGAAUGUUAAGGCAUCCGUCCCAGCUGGUGAUGCUCCCCCUAUGGACGUUCUUGUUACCAAGGAAAAGGUUCUUGCACCCGUCCGUGCCAUCUCCGAAGUGACUCCCCAGGUGACCGUCCAGCAUCCCACAAAAGUCAACAUCGACAAAGUUGCUGUCCAAGUGCCAGUGGCUACGCCAUACGCUUUCCAUGUCCCGGUUCCAGUGGCUCCCCAUUACGAGAUCCAUCAUGUUCACGCUCCGGCAUUGACCGUAGUAGCUUAGUAUGAUUCCGUUCUCUUAUGCAUUCCACCCACCUCCCGCCUUCAACGUAUUGGAAACAUCAUUUUGGAAUACUUACAGAAAAUAAAGUUUCGGUCUUUCGGUUUA